AUGCUAUCAUUGUAUUAUUUUGGAUCUAGGGGAGUAAGGAGUGAGUAAUUUCCCCAAAAAAGAUUAAGAAACAAAUUACAGAUUUUUACAAAUAGUACAAAUUCCCAAAUUCUGACGAGAAGAUUCCGCCCAAUUUCUCACUGGACUCGGGCUCAGGAUCCCUCUCUCGCUGUAGUCGUCAAUUGGUUGGCUUCUCUCUCGAUCCUCCUUACCCCUCAACUUCACCUCACUCUCCUGCGUCAAGAGAGACGAGGAAAUUGCUACUGAAUUCGGUGAAUUUUUAGAAGAUUUGCAGUUGGCGUAGAUAAUGGGGUUGCUUAGUAUCAUUCGAAAAAUCAAAAGGAAAGAGAAGGAAAUGCGUAUACUUAUGGUAGGCCUUGACAACUCUGGGAAAACUACCAUCGUUUUAAAGAUCAAUGGGGAAGAUACCAGCGUUAUCAGCCCUACGCUCGGAUUUAAUAUCAAGACUAUCACCUAUCACAAGUACACACUUAACAUAUGGGAUGUUGGGGGCCAAAAGACUAUAAGAUCAUAUUGGAGGAACUAUUUUGAGCAGACGGAUGGACUAGUAUGGGUGGUUGACAGUUCCGAUCUUAGAAGAUUGGAUGAUUGCAAAUCGGAACUUGAUAAUCUUUUGAAAGAAGAGAGACUUUCUGGAGCAUCAUUGCUUAUUCUUGCUAAUAAGCAGGAUAUAAAAGGAGCCCUUUCUCCAGAGGAAAUUGCUAAGGUAUUGAAUUUGGAAGCUAUGGACAAAACACGUCACUGGAAAAUUGUCGGUUGUAGCGCAUACACUGGCGAGGGGCUGUUGGAGGGUUUCAAUUGGUUGGUUCAAGACAUUGCUUCCCGAAUUUAUGUUUUAGAUUAACAUCUUUUCAAUUUUGUAUCUCAUUCCUUAUGGAAACUGAUCUAAAGAUUUUGUCGAAUAUAUGUGGGUUCGUUCAUUUA